CAUCUUGUUUUUUAAAGGAAAUUCCAAAUUCGGCCAUAUUUUGCGCCAUAUUUAAAUAAACAAUAUUUUCAAAUAUAUAAAUAACUGUAUAAUUUAUCUAUAAAUAAUAAAUAAACAAUCAAUAGAAAACACCCUGUUUCAAGAAUAGUGAAAGUUUGUUGGAACAAAAACUACACAAAAUUUGUCAGAUCGGUAAAUUCUUUAGCCAUUGCUAAAAUGGAUCAAAAGCUGCUUUCAAAAUCACACGAUCUACAAGAAAAUGAAUUGGUUUUCUUUACCGAAGACGAUAUUCCAUUAUGUGUUGAUGCUGAAAACUUUUUAGUCUAUGAUUGCAAAGAAGAUUCUCAAAAUGCAAACUUUGCAAACGACGUUGAAGUUCUAACCGAAGCUGUUGGAGAACAACAAGCUCAAAAUGUUCUAUCAACUCCGCCGAAGAUCCCAAAAUACAAUGAUCAUGUUAAAAAGCCUGCAAAACGUUGGUGUCAGAAAGAAGUCUGCAUCAAAACAAUUGAAUCGGAAUUUAAAGUUGUAAUGUGGGUUCAAGAUGAUUCCGAUCAAUCUGACCACGAAGUUACAGAACCCACCGUCAAACGAAAGCCAAGAAAGAUCAAACAAGAACCCCAAGUAGAGCAAAACUUUGAAAUAUCCGACCAAUCACAUGAAAAUAAUUUACCAAGCAUCAAAUGCACUAUAAAAUCAUGCCGAAUGUUGUUCAAAGACGUUACAAAACUACGCCAACACAUUUCCCAACAUUGUCUUGACCAACCAAAUGUGGUCGGUUAUUUGUGCACAUUCGAAAAUUGUCCAAAAGUCUUUAAAAGCAUUUCAAGUCUACGUAAGCAUAUGCACACUCAUGGCCCCAAAACAAAAGUAUGUGCCGAGUGUGGCAAAGCUUUUAUCGAUAAUUCCAAAUUGAAUCGCCAUCUGGUGGUGCACACUGGAGAUAAGCCAUUUCAAUGCACCUUUGAAGGAUGUGGCAAACGUUUUUCGUUGGACUUUAAUCUUCGAACUCAUGCACGUAUUCAUACUGGCUAUCGACCAUUUGCAUGUACGUUUGAUGGAUGUACAAAGAGAUUUGCUCAAUCGACUAAUUUAAAAUCGCAUCAAUUGAUUCAUUUGAAGAAUGCUUACAAAUUCAAAGAUUCAGAUAAAUAAUGAUGUAAUUGAAGCAAGUAGGUACUUAUGUACAUAUAUUUGAUUUUUAUUAUUUUUUUUAAUUAUUGAUUUAUAUAAGCUUGUGAAUUUUGUUAUGUUUUCUUUUUCUGUUAACUAUUCGAACUAGAUUUGGUUUGAAGUAUUUAUUGUUCAGGUUUUAUCCAAUAACUUGUAUUGAAUUAUUAUUUAUGUUUUGUAAAGAAGUUGCAUUAAAUUAUUUCUAUUUUUUU